CACAACUAAACAACAUACUGAUCUCAUAGAUGGCCACUUGUCAUAUAUUAUUGCUCUCUUUUGUUUUUCAUUUUCUUCUUCUCUUUUCACUUCAUUUGGAGACUGCAACUUCUGAAACAACUGUGGGAAGAGCCCUCCUGAAAUGGAAGAACACCCUUGAUGAAUUCAAUACUCAUACUGAUCCUCUUCAUUCUUGGUCCAUUGCUAAUCUUGACAACAUUUGUUGGAAUUGGACGGGCAUCACUUGCAACAAUGUUGGAGCUGUUUAUAAAAUUAAGCUGGACAAUUUCAGUCUCUCAGGUACACUUAAAAGUCUUGAUUUCCGUUCAUUUCCAAAUCUCACUCGUUUUAGCCUCCAUAAUAACAGCUUUACUGGAUCAGUUCCAUAUGCAAUUGCUAACCUCUCCCAACUAGUUUUCUUGGACCUCAGUAUGAAUCGUUUUGUAAACUUUAUACCACCAGAGAUUGGAAGACUAACAAAUCUCCGGUUCUUGGACCUCGGAGAAAACCGUCUUAGUGGUACUAUUCCCUCCCAAAUAAGCCAUCUUCAACACCUUACUUCCCUCUCCUUGUAUGACAAUUCUUUGACUGGCCAAAUUCCAGAAGCAAUAUUCACCAAUUUGAGCAACCUUCAAACUUUUUAUUGUGGGUUGAAUCUUUUCCAUGGGCCAUUCCCAACAAGUUUAGUCAAGCUAUCAAAGCUUCAACAACUUUACCUAGGUGACAACAAUUUCUAUGGGUCAAUUCCUCCUACAAUUGGAAAUCUAAGUUCACUAACCUACCUUGAUCUCAUGGACAACAUGCUGCAAGGAAAUAUUCCAGAAACACUAUGCAAUCUUCAUUCCCUUAACACGCUUUAUUUAUCUAACAAUAAGUUUAGUGGUCUGAAUCCUCAAUGCCUUGGAAAUAUUACCUCACUAAGACAACUUUCUCUAGAUUUCAAGGUGACGCAUGGGAAUAUUCCUAGAAUCAUCUGCAAUCUUCACUCCCUUGAAGUCCUUGAUUUAAAUUACAAUUUGUUAGGUGAUGUAAUUCCACAAUGUCUGGGAAAUAUAACUUCACUAAGACGUCUUUCACUCCAAUCCAACACUGGGCAAGGAGAUAUUCCAGAAACACUAUGCAACCUUCAUACCCUUGAGGAUCUAGCUUUGUCUAUCCAUAGUUUGGGAGGUCCGGUUCCACAAUGUCUGGGAAAUAUAACUUCACUAAGACAUCUUUCACUCCAAUCCAACACUGGGCAAGGCAAUUUUCCUGGAGCACUCUGCAAUCUUCCUUCCCUUGAUGAUCUAUAUUUGUCUUUCAAUAGUUUGGGAGGUCCGGUUCCACAAUGUCUGGGAAAUAUAACUUCACUAAGACAUCUUUCACUCCAAUCCAACACUGGGCAAGGCAAUUUUCCUGGAGCACUCUGCAAUCUUCCUUCCCUUGAUGAUCUAUAUUUGUCUUUCAAUAGUUUGGGAGGUUCAUUUCUACAAUGCUUGGGGAAUAUAACAUCAUUAACACUGCUUUCUCUCCGUUCCACGACCGGGCAAGGAAAUUUUCCAGGAACACUCUGCAAUCUUCCUUCCCUUGAUGAUCUAUAUUUGUCUUUCAAUAGUUUGGGAGGUUCAUUUCUACAAUGCUUGGGGAAUAUAACAUCAUUAACACUGCUUUCUCUCCGUUCCACGACCGGGCAAGGAAAUUUUCCAGGAACACUCUGCAAUCUUCCUUCCCUUGAGGAUCUGUAUUUGUCUUUCAAUAGUUUGGGAGGUUCAGUUCUACAAUGCUUGGGGAAUAUAACUUCAUUAAGAAGUCUUUCUCUCUACUCAAGCAUGCUGAAAGGAAGUAUUCCACGUUCACUAUGCAAUCUUCUUGCCCUUGAGGAUAUGGAUUUAUCUUAUAAUAAUUUGGAAGGUUUGAUCCCAUGGUGCCUUGGAAAUAUAUCCUCAUUAAGAUAUAUUGAUCUUAGCUCCAACAAGCUGGAAGGAAGUAUUCCAGGAUCACUAUGCAAUCUUCAUCCUUCUCUUGAAGUGCUCAUUUUAUCCAACAACAGUUUGCAUGGCCCAAUUCCUCAAUGCCUAGGAAAGUUGAAAUUUUUGACAACUUUAAUUGUGUUUAAAAACCAGCUUCGAGGAAAGUUAGCUCCAACUCCAGCUCCAACAGUUAUUAAUGACACAGAUCAAACAACAAAUACAAGUUUGAUUUAUGGAAUUGAGACAUGGUUGUGCAGUUUGAGUUCCUUGGAAUUUCUUGAUCUAUCAGACAACAAUUUACAUGGUCCACUACCUCGGUGUUUAGUGAACUUCAGCGAGGACCUUACUGUUAUUAAUUUAGCAAGAAAUCAUUUUCAGGGGUUUAUUCCAGGAGUUUGCAUAAAAGGAAACAUCUUGGAGUAUUUCAAUUUAAAUGACAAUCAAUUGGGAGGGUCAUUGCCUCGAGGCUUGAGAAAUUGCAACAAUCUUAAAUUUUUAGAUCUUGGAAACAACAAGCUUCGUGAUUCAUUCCCUCAUUGGUUAGAUACUCUUCUUAAUUUGCGUGUUCUUGUAUUGAGAUCUAAUCAUUUUUAUGGUGAAAUAUGCACUUCAAAGACUACACUUCCAUUCCCAAAGCUGCAUAUAUUUGAUAUCUCACACAAUGAGUUCAAUGGUCCUUUGCCAAGAUAUUAUAUGGAGAACUUUGAAGCGAUGCAGAUUGCAAAUGACGAUGAAAGGCUGUCAUCUUAUGAAGCUUCAAUAAGCCUAGUGUGGAAAGGGGUGGAGCUUCAAGUGGUGCAUUAUGAUAUUUGCACAAUCCUUGAUUUAUCCAACAACAGCUUCCAAGGUGAAGUUCCAGGAUAUUUAGGAAAUCUUCGUUUCAUUCGGUUUCUCAAUCUGUCGCAUAACCACCUCACUGGCAGUAUUCCAUCAUCACUGGGAAAUUUGACCAUUCUUGAGGUAUUAGAUCUAUCAUGGAACCAAUUGGAGGGUAAGAUUCCUGAACAGCUUUCAACAUCAUUGACAUUUCUUGCUGUACUGAACCUUUCUUUUAAUAAUCUUUCUGGUCCAAUACCGCACGGCACACAAUUUGACACAUUUAGCAACGAUUCCUAUUUGGGAAACGCUGCUCUAUGUGGAUUACCGCUAUCAAUAAAGUGCCAGGAAAAGGGUGAAGGGCAAGCACCGGAUGAGAAGGAUUCACAACAUUUUGGGAUUGGAUUUGGAUGGCGAAGUGUUGUUGUUGGAUACUGUUGUGGCAUACCAUUUGGUUUUGCCAUGGGAUAUUUCAUAUUUAAGUAUGGAAAACCUCGAUGGCUUAUAAGGUUAGUGCUUGGGAACUGAGAGUGGACUGGAGAUGCAACAAUUAAGAAGGAGCAGGCACAUGAGGAAUUUCAGCAACCUUGGAGCAAUGUAUAGUAUCUUUUAUUAUAUGGUUGUGGUUUUAAUUGUCUUUUUUCUACCCAUUUUUUUCUGUUGUGUGAUUUUAGUGUUUGGUUUGUAAAUCUUAUAAAUAUAGAGUAUCGCUUGUGAAUAUUGUUAUCUUGUACUAAUAAAUUAGAAAAGUCAUGAAUUUAUGCAUUAAUGCAUGCUAGGCUUGCUAGCAAUUGCUUUGAAAAACAGAGCUAUCAAGUUUCAGAGAAGCAGA